AGUGAACAGGGAUGUAACUGGUGGCAGCCUGUCUAGCACGUGACAUGUACAAUCAGCAGUGGGGGACUCAAGAUGGGGGGAACUGGGCCACUCAACCUCCUCCCCCUCCCAACUACGGGGCCAACCCCCCUCCACCCCCUAACUACGGGGUUAACCCCCCUCCACCCCCCAACUACGGGGUUAACCCCCCUCCACCAGUUCAUCCUCCUCCACCUAGCCAUCCGCCUCCCCAGCCUGAAGAACCUUCAAAUGCGGGAGCGGCAGUUGCUGGUGGUUUGGACUACGGAGCAGCCUACGUAAAGAAGUACAUGGAGAUGUAUGGGCAGAUGGUGGGCCAGAUGAUGCCCCCGGUGCCACCUCCAGCCCCUAAUGAUGAGGCUCCUGCACCUCCUGGCAGUCCUCCUCCUCCCCCUCCUCCUCCCCCUCCUGAUGAAGGCCAAGGAGAAGGCGGGCCUAAGCCACCAUCCUCCCCACCAUCAAGAGGUCCUUUCAUGAAACCCUCAGAAAACAACAGCAGACUGCUUGGUUCCAACUCUACUAGUGUAAAAAGGGAAUCGCAACCGUUCAGUCAACCUCCAACCGGAGGUCAUCCUGUGCAGCAACAAGGUCACUCUGCACAACAACAACAACAAAGCUAUAAUUACGGGAACCAAGGAUAUGGACAAGGGAACCAAGGAUUUGAAGGUCAAGAUUAUGGGCAAGUCGACCAGACUUAUGAGCAAGGCGAACAGAAUUAUGGACAAAGCGAUCAGAGUUAUGGACAUCAGCAGUUAGGAAAACGGCGUGCCCCAGACCAAGGACAACUACAAGAUAAUAAGAGGGGUAACUUCAAUGAAAGUACGGGUCAGUGGCUGGGAGAGAAACCUAUCCACCAGCAAGCAGCCCAAACUUGGCAACAAGAUCAGUAUGGAUACGGAGAUACGGAAGGUUGGGGGCAACCUGAACAGAACGUUGGGAUGAACCAGCAGCUAGGUGGACAAAUUCCGGACAAGAGAGAAGAUCCUAACCAAAGGGGUGGUCUGAACCAGAGGGGUGGCCCAAGCCAGAGAGGUUUCGACCAAAGAGGUCCAAUCCAAAGAAGUGAUCCAUAUCAGAGGGUAGAUCCAAAUCAGAGAGGUGAUCCGAAUCUGCACAUUGAUCCUAACCAGCGAGGUGGUCCUCACUCUCAAGAAGCAAAUCCUGAACAAAGAGGGAGACCAUUCAACCAACAACCUCAACUUAAUGAACAAAGGAGAAGUUCAAGUAAUCCUCCACAGAAAUACGAAGAGAGUGUACCUAAUCAGUGGGAACAGAAUAACCAAGAAUGGCAGGAUAACAGUCAGGCUGUAGGUGCCAGACCGGAUCAUGAUCAGCGAGGUCUGGGUCAAAUGCCUCCCAGAGAAAACAUGAUGAGAGGACCUCAUGGUCACGGUGGUCCACCAGAUAGAAGUUCCCCACAUAGCGGUUCCCUAGACAGGAAUUCACCCCACACUAGUUUGCCAGAAAGUAGUUCACCUCAUAGUGCUCACCCUGGUCCAAGUGUUGCACCCCCAAGACCUCCUGUUGAUCAAGGUAGAGAUUUCCGACGGGGAAAGUCAGAGGAACAAAGCUUUGAAGGAGCAGCUGUCAGAAUGCGUCCUCAUGGGUUUGACGAGAGAAAUGUGAGAGGUCCUCCUCCACAGAGGUUUGACCAAGGACCUAGACACAGAGUAACUGGUCCACGAGGCCAUGAGUUUGGUCCCAGAUCACGAGGUCCUCCUCCUCAAGAACAAAGAGGCCCUCCAGAUGAAUUUGGUAGAGGACCUCGUCCAAGGGGACCUCGUGAAUUUGGUCAUGGGCCCAGACCUAGGGGACCAGGGGGAUUUGAUGGGACAAGACCAAGAGGACCCCCACCAAGAGGUUAUGAAGGAGGUCCAAGGAUGCGAGAACCUGCUCCAAGAGAGCGGGCUCCAGCACCUAAAGGCUACGAAAGAGGGCCUCGUCCUCGCAGUAGAUUUGAUGAAGCUGUCAGACCUCGUGGUCCACCAACUAGAAGCCAGCCCCCUCCCCCCACCAGUACUGGACCGCCAUCAAGAAGUAAUACUGAUCUUUAUGAACCCCCCAUCCCGACAGGUCCAAUAGCGAGCAGACCUCCACCACCAGUAAGCACACUACCUAGAUCUAGAGGUGACCAUCCUCCAAGGGGCCCCAGAGUUCCUCCUCCAACUAGCACAAUGCCCCGUGGAUUCAGACAAAGGACUCCGAGACCCGAUGGAGCGAGGCCGGUGGGGAUGGUGAGGUCACCGAGACCGGUGGGGAUGAGGCCAUUAAGACCAGAGGGGGCCAGGCCUCCGAGACCAGAAGAUGUAGAUCCAUCAUUAAGGAGACCUGUCAGACGGCUACCUGCUGGGUGGGAUCCUCCUACUUCUGCCGCUCAACCUACCCCUCCUGAAGCUACUCCUCCCCGAUCUACUCCUUCUCCUCAUAAUAAACCUGAGUCCACUCCGCCACCCCUUACUAGACCUGAGUCAACUCCUCCUCCCAGGUCUAAAGACGAAGUACUUCUGCAAAAUAUCCGAUCAUCCGUCGACAAGCCCAUUGACGAACUUGAAUACAAGGAUCUCAUCAAAACAGGGCUGCCAGUUUCCUUUGGCAGUACUCACGUCGUUUUAGCUGAAAUGGUCAACGAAUACAGAAACAAUCGAUGUAAAGUUGCUGACGGUCCUACUUGCAAUCCAGAGAGGAUGGAUAAAAGGUUGCCCACAAAGGUUUUAGAAGCCCCGGAAAUUACGAACUGGAGAUUUGUCGACCCAGAAGAGGAGAAGAAAAACAAGGCCCAGAGAAGAAUUAUCCAACCACCUGCUGAUCUGCUGAAGAAGAAAGAGGAAGAGAAAACUGAAGACGUGAAGCCAACAAUCGAUCCGGAAACCGAUACAGUUAUCCAGCCCCCCACUGAACCGGUCCCAAAACGGCAGAUAGUACCGCCACCAGAUUUAGCUCCUAAAAAGAGGGUUAUAGCUCCGCCAGCGGACCUCCUUCCGAAACGAAGUAUAUUACCACCUCCCGAUCUCUUGCCAAGACGAAUAAUCAGACCACCCCCAGACCUUGCUCAACAGGGUCGUGAAGCACAAGGGGAACAGGGUAGACCCCCUUAUGUCAAUAAUGGUAGACCUCCAUUUGACGAAGGUAUAUCACCUCGACCAACUAUACCUCCAUUUGACGAAGGUAGAUCAGCUAGACCAGCUAGACCUCCAUUUGACGAAGGUAGAUCACCUCGAUCAGCUAGACCUCCAUUUGACGAAGGUAGAUCACCUCGAUCAGCUAGACCUCCAUUUGACGAAGGUAGAUCAGCUAGACCAGCUAGACCUCCAUUUGACGAAGGUAGAUCAGCUAGACCAGCUAGACCUCCAUUUGACGAAGGUAGAUCACCUCGACCAGUUAGGCCCCCCUUCGCUGGGUCUGAUGACAGAAAACCGCCCUAUGGUGUUGAAAGACGACCCCCAUAUGGGGACCCUAAUAAACCUCCGUAUAAUCGGGAGGAGAGACGACCUUAUGAGGCCGAUGUGCGGCCUCCCUACGGUAGUGAACAGCGACCACCAUACGGUGGACCAGCUAGGCCACCUUUUGAAGGAGACAGGGCACCUCGUGGGGGUGAUAUACCUCCACCCUUCAGAGACGUAGGACCACCUUAUGACAAGGAAGGAAGGGACCCUCAUGGGCGAGAAAACCACAGAGCUCCACCUGAAGUAAGAAGGCCUACCCCACAUGGCGAUAGACGUGCACCGCCUUACGACAACCGACGGGGACCGCCAUUCGGUGAGGAACAGAGCAGACCGGGCUUAUCUGACAGGUAUGAUGACCACAGGGGCAGGCCCCCUCCUGGGGACCCAUAUCACAGAGACCCCCCAGAUAGGGGCUAUCAUGACAGGGGCCAUCAACCCGCUCCACCUCCCGACUCUCACACACCGCAUGAGUAUGAUAGACACCCUCCUCUUUAUGAUAACCAUUCUAAUCAGCCUAAUGUUCAAGACGUUUUAAGUAAAGUUAUGAAAGCUGCCAAAGCCGGAGAGAUACCUGGGGUUGUCUUGCCUCAAGAACAAGCACAGGAUGUCCUCGAUGAGUUAGUCGCUGGCACAGUUGAUCAACUAUCCAAUGAAAUAUCUCAACAAAUCACUAAUGCUCUCCUCUCUGGACUCACGGACGACACCAGAUCGUCCGUCCGGAGAGACUCGUCCGAUAGGAGGGACUCUGAUCGUUACAACCGACCCGAGUCCUCUCGGAGUAGGAAGAGAAGUUCGGAGUCCCGAGAGUCUCGUCACGAGAGAGCGAGUCCGGGACAUAGUAGGCGGUCUCCGGAUAGGAGGCGGGAACCUUAUCGACCAUCUCCGCCUCGAUCAAGACAUCAGGCACCACGACCACUCCAACCACCACAAUCUGCUCCCAGACCCACUGAGGCUGCUCGAAGGCCCAUGGAGGCUGCCCCUAAAGUGCCUGCUGAGGACAUACUCUUCCCUCCUGGCCGCAACAAUCGUCCUGAAAAGAUAGUGAUAAUAUUAAGGGGUUUACCUGGCAGUGGGAAAUCUCCUUUGGCUAAAAAGAUAAAGGAUGUGGAAACUGAGAAUGGGGCAUCAGCUCCAAGGAUCCUAUCCUUGGACGAUUACUUCCUAAACGAGACUAACGAGUACGAAUACGAAGUAGAACUCGAGGAGAGCUACAGAGCCAGCAUGUUCAAAGCAUUCCAGAGGACCUUGUCAGAUGGCUGGUUCAAGUUCAUUAUCAUAGACGCAGUGAACGCAGUAUCAGAGCACUACACCCAAUAUUGGAGCGCUGCUAAAUUGCAAGGGUUCCAGGUGUAUCUGGCGGAGAUCAACAGUUUUCCUGAACACUGUGUAACCAACAGUCUACACAAGCGCUCCUUACAGGAUAUCAAUCAGAUUCAUCAGAGAUGGGAAGCAACCCCAACAAACUACAUCAGAUUAGACUUACGAGGAAUCAUACAAGGCACCACUAUUGACGAGGUCGAAAUGGAUGACAGUGACAUGGAUGGCGAGGCUGUUGAAACCCCUGUAACUAAACCUCCAGUGAAACAGUGCCGCUGGGAGGCUCAAACAGAGCACGACGAACAAUCCCUCAACCAGCUGGACGGUUUGAAAUCUAGUUCACGGAAAGAGCGGAGUCCGAGCCCAGACGUUAUGGAGCAGAUAAAACUGAUGAACAGGAAGAACAAAAACGAUGGAAAAAAACAUGUGCAUUGGGCGGAUCUAGUUGAAAGAGAAAAUGCGGAGAAGCGCCAGAAGAUAGGGUUCCACAUUGGUGGAGGUUGGAACCAGGAGCUUCCUGAACUAUACUCCGCUUCCAGAGACAAGUCUUGAGGUACACUGAUAUGGACGCCUACAUUCUCUUAGUUCUAUCAUCAUGUCAAAUAACUGUCGUCUCACAUUAUAUGUUGUCUCUUGAUAUCAGAUAAUAUGUCAUUCUUGGACUAUAUUAUAGGUAUUGUCUUGAUAGAAUAUCAAACGAUUGACUGAAGACUUUUAUAAAUAUGAGAGCCAUAGGUGAUGAUGGUGAUGUAUUCGUUUGAGAUCCAGAAUACUAAUUUCUAAGGACAUGCGCUAGAGUCAUAUUAGUGGAGUUAAUGUGUAAUACUAAUAUGGAAAGCGAUAAGAAAUGUGCAAAUUUGUAAUUGCAUGCGCUUUCUCAAAUUCGCCAGAAGAUUUCCAUAUCAAGUUUAUACAACGGAUUUAACUUCACAUUUUUAUAUGUUAUUUAUCAUGUUAAAAUGGGCUUUAAAAGUUCAUUAUUUUAAUUUUUACAAAUGAUUU